ACGUCACUCUUGUGCGCCAAAAUAAAUAACUAUGGAUUUGUCCCAUGAUUUGUCCACAUCUGCAAGUACAUUUUUCAGGAUAUUUAACCUUUACGGGAAAUUGUAAUGGAAACGCUACAUCUUUACUAUUAUUUAUUUGGUUAAUACUACCAAGAUAACUUGUAUUUAUAAAGAGUAAAACAGGAAUACAGUCCAAAUCUAGCUGGCUGCAGUUCAGUCAGAUGUUACAAAAUACUUGCUAGAUACAUUGAUGCAUCAUCAUGAAUGAGGAGGAAAAUCUGGACGAACUUGGAGAGAAACUGUAUGACCGAAUAUUUUCUAAACAUGGAGAAAUCGCGGGCAAACUGACAGGGAUGAUGCUAGAACUGCCUGACAAAGUCAUCAUGCAGAUGCUACAAGAUGAGUCUGUCCUUAACGAUGGAAUAAGCAGAGCACUACAGGCUCUCAGCCCAGACAGUCAGGUGGUGUGUGAGGUAGAGGAGGCAUCUGCCUCUUCGGACUCUUUGGGUGAACGACUCUACGACCUCAUCGACCUUCACAACACCGGCCACACGCACAAAAUCACAGGCAUGCUGUUGGAACAGAACAAGGAGGCCAUUCUUCAAAUCCUGUCAGAUCCUGAAUUACUGGAAAAGAAGAUCAACAUUGCCUUAAAAACGCUCCUUGAUAGGCAGGGGGAGGAGAGGACCAACAUGACUGAAAGCUCUGAUUCUGAGGUUGAAUCCGAAUCCAUUGGAGAAAAACUGUUCAACCUUGUGAAACAGAUAGACCACACCCACUCAGCUGACAUCACAGGUAUGCUGUUGGAGAUGGACUCAGAGAGCUUGAAUCAAGUCCUGAAAGACCGCUCCCUGCUUGAGGUUGCAGUUAAAAGGGCACAGAGUGCUCUGGAAGCACAUACCCACACCCACAGUUCGGAAUAAUGAGAUGUGUUCAUUCAUCGAAGCUGAAUUGCACAGUUGCCAGCCAUCACAGGCCAACACAAAUGAGUCAGACACUUCCUUACGCAGUUCCUGUAUGUGGACAAAGGAGAGGACUCAAACCCAAACGACGGGUAAAGAAUUGUGGGAAGGAAGCCAUGUUGGUUGAUGAGAUGGUUUAGUCAUGUUGUGAACUUUUAUAACAUUAUGGAUCCAAUACCAUGCUUAUAUUUUUUUACUAUGAUUGCUUGAAUGUUUUUUCUUUUCCAAGUUCACAACUGAAAAACUGUUCUCCUGGGUCACUCAAGAAAUAUUUCUUCUGUGAAAGAGUAGAAAAAGAACUUACAGUUUGUCCUUAAGGGUACUCAACUGUUGAUAUGGACUUGUUAUUGAACAUGUCCCUAAUCCUUGUCCUAGUUGUAUGUUUUGUCUGAAGUAUACAUACCCCUAAUGUCCCCUAUUAGAGCAUUGUUUGGACAGUAAAUAUCUGCUGACAGAAGAAGGUAGUUUCAUCAUUAGCUACAAUACAACUGCAUCACAAGCUCACUCAACUUGAGGCUGUGUGGGAAAUAAAUAAUAAUAAAAAAUACAUCCAGUAGUUAUUAGCUCUUCUGGUGUGUUACACCAACAGUCAAUACUCGUCUCGGUACCUCCCCGCUCACAUUUUUUGUGACUUUCAGGGUUCCCACUCUGUCAAAUACAAGAAGUCAUGACUUUUCCCUGACCUGAAUUUCCAUGACUUACUAUAUAAUGAAUAGUACAAUAUACCGACCAAUGAUUUCAGAGCACAUGCGUAGCGUUCAAGGAUCUUUUACUUUUUUAGAGCGGGAGAUGAAUAAAUAGGCCUUGAAUAGUUGGGCUACCCAAACAAGCAGUAAAGCUAAUAAACAGAUAUACACCAAUUCUGUGUGGAAAUAUAUUGUAUUCAUGUAUUUUGGUAUUCAUGUAUUAAGUACAUUUUAAACUGCUACAACAACAUUCCAUGAUU